UUUAAAUUUAGUCACGCAAGGGUCGUCCAAAUUGGUUUACGAAAUCAUCUGUCACAAUGGUCUUGGACUUGAGUUCAAAAUCAACCUCGGAGUCGUUUCGAAAUGCGGAACAAAAAGCGGAAAACGUAUUGGACCUGUGCGUGAAGAAAACUACGCCAGAACCCUCCUAUCCAGUGGCCACCAAUUUGACUAUAAAAAGUGAAGUAGAUACGACACAGCAAAUAUCGAUAAAUUCCCCCCACGAGUCUCCCGUUCCCCAAACAGACAUUUACGAAAACAACAACCCCCCCAAUCAAGUAAUGGACAUUACUUCGGUGUCGUCCUCAAAACUGGCACGUCCGUUCAAGGCCUUCCCCAGCGACCCCUCAAUCCUUCCGAUUUCCUUGACCACACCGCUGGCGAUACCCUCGCCCAAUUCCGACGAGUACGCGGAAUUCCGACAGAAAAUGCUGUCGCAGGUGCAAUCGAAGAACGGCACCAACAAGAACAUGAGAAGAAAUUCGCAAAGUGCCAACGCCCAAAACGCAGAUCCGACCUACUGGGAGAAGCGGAAGAAAAACAACGAGGCUGCGAAACGUUCAAGGGACGCGAGACGUGCGAAGGAGGAUGAAAUCGCUGUUCGUUGUGCGUUCUUGGAGAGGGAGAACUUGAAUUUGAAAUUUAAAUUGGCCACGGUCGAAAGUGAGAGAAAAAGAUUGCAUAGUAUGCUGUAUAGUUCUUGAUUGAUUAAGAUUGUAUAUAAU